AUAGUGUCUGUUCAUUUCAAAACAUUAAACAUUUCUUCCCUUUAAUUCUUUUCAGUUUUUUAACGGUGAAUUAAUGGAAUCCAAUAGUUAACCAUCAUAACAAAAAAGAACAAAAAAAAUACAAGAACAGUGAAAAUUAUUCAAAUUUUCUAAAAUAAAAAAAAUAAACAAAACAUAAACUAUACCACUAGUGUAUUUGCCAUUAUAGAUAAGACCUGCAACUAGAUAAGAAUUAUCAACGUAAUAAGUAAACAAAAAGAACAAAACUCAUAUCUCAGCUGAUAACGUUUUUAAUAUAAUAUAUCUAAUAAAAAAUUUUCGUGGUUAUUCAAAUUGUAAACCUUUAGAAAUGAGUUUCUUUGAGAAAGUUGUCCUUAUUAUUGGUGCAAGUUCAGGUAUUGGUGCCUCAACAGCUAUAGAGUUUACAAAAGAAGGUGCUAAAGUUGUAAUUGUAGGCCGAAAGGAAGAUAAACUUCAAAUUGUCGCAACAGAAUGUAAGAAAAAUGGUCAAGAUCCACUCGUUAUCAAAGCAGAUAUAUCAAUCGAUGAUGACGUAACUAGGAUAGUCCAAGAAACUAUUGAUAAAUACGGUAAAAUUGAUAUUCUUGUAAAUAAUGCUGGUAUCGUCAGAUUUGCGUCUAUUUUAAAGGGAAAUUUAAUGAACGUGUUUGAUGAGAUUAUUAAUACUAAUCUUAGAGGCAUCAUGAAAGUAACAACCCUCGUUGCUCCGUAUAUUAUAAAGACGAAAGGAAACAUCGUUAACAUAUCAAGUGUUGCUGGACAAGUUGUGCCAAAAAAUCCUUUAAUGACAUCGUAUGCAAUCAGUAAAGCGGGCUUAGAUAUCUUUACAAAAGCAACUGCGGUAGAAUUAGCACCUCACGGUGUGAGAGUCAACGCGAUCAGUCCUGGACCAGUGUACACAGAUAUUUUGAAUAACGCGGAUGUUACAGUGGAUGAAGGAGCAUUAAAGUCAUUCGAUCAAAUUAAAACAGCUUUGAAUAGAGUUUCUACCCCAGAAGAAGUAGCUAACAUGAUAAUGUAUUUAUCGGGUGAUAAAAGUAUCGGUGUGACGGGAUCAAACUUCGUACUGGAUAAUGGGGCGUUACUAACAUAAAAUGUAAUCUUUUUAGCAUAAUUUAAGCUUUUAUGAAUUUAUUAUGUUAUUCAAGACUUUUUUUUAUAUUGCUCCUAUUCUAAUAAGUAUGUUUUGUUUGUAAAUUUUGUAGUAACUAAUUUUAUACCAAGAGUACUAUUGCGUCAUUGUACGUUCGAAUCACAACUGUGCACGAUUGGAUCGCGCUUACUUCGUUGAUGGUAUCGUAGGAAAACCAGUAAAAUCCAAAUAUGAAAGUAAAUUUAGAAGGGUAAUUAUUUGUUCAUGUAAUAAUGAAAGAAACGGGAUUGUAGCUCCACCUGAUAAUUAUUAUAUGAAUCCAAUAGAGUACUAUAUUCUUCGAACACUGUCUCAGUAAACUUAUGGAAAUGUGCAGUACCCAAACUGAUAAUCGCAAUUUUAAAAAAACUUAUUUCAUCUGAUUCUGUACCUUCCUAUAUUAUAAUCAAUCUAUAUUUGUUUAUUGUCGUUGAGUGCCUGGGAUAUUAUACAUAUGAUAUUAACAUACAAUGAAGUGUUAGCCAACACACUCAAUGUGUUUGUUUGCCUCUUUAUUUUUAAGGAUAAGAAUUUUUGGAAGGAUUUUUUUUUUGUAAGGAUAUACAACAAAAAAACUUUUAAUCAAAAGAGCCUUACAUAAUAUUUUGUUUAUGUAAGUAUUAGCUUUGAAACAAAGUGAUUGCUAAUAAUUUAACGCCAAUAUAACAAAUUACUUCAUAAGUAAAAUAAACGCACGACCUUAAGGUUGAGAGUCGAAUCUAAAUCUUGGUCACCACUACUCUUGAUUCAAUCCUAUCCAGUCCAGGUCCAAUCCAGUAGUGAGAACGAUCCAUUCUUGCACAGCUGCAACGCACGACCUUAAGGUUGAGAGUCGCAUUUAACUAUAGGUCAACACUACUCUUGAUUCAAUCCUGAGCUAAAGUAAACAAUUACCAUACAAUAAUAAGAAUUAAUUGAUAUUAAUUUGAGAUCGCUAUUUUUUUAAUAGUUCUAUAUUAAAUUAUGAUAAGCUAUGAUAUGAUAAGUGUGUGUCAUAAUAUUACAUUAUAAUAAAAAAAUAAGUUUCAUGUUAUGCAGUAAAACAAAAUAUGUGAAAUUAUAUAUUCUAUUCAAACUCCAUCUUUGAUUCUCUCUUAUAGUCGUUUUGUAAACCUCCAAUUUAAUAAAGUGUAAUAUUAAAUUACUUCGAUAGUGGAAAGGAAGCAGAUAAUAUACAUAUAGUGUCUGUUCA